UCAGGAUGAUCAGGACAUAUUAUUCUUGAGUGGAAACAAGAUGGCUAUUCGUCUUCAUAUUGCGCUUUGUGGUUUUCUCCUGGCAUUAAGUCGUGUUAUCCACGCAUCUAAUAGUAACAACAUCACCCUAACACCGACGAAUUCUCAAGUGUCCUUUCGAUUCAACAGUUCUGAACCAUUUUGUGAUCCUCCAAUUUGCGAUUAUAACUGUGAUAUCUAUGUGACAAGUCCACCGGGAACCAUCCUGAAUGCUACUUUUCUAGCUCUUCACGUUCCUGAAGAUGACAAGAUGACUAUUAAAAAUCUGAACACCAACGAGGUGAUAGGGAUAAUUGAUUGGAUAUCUUCAGUGAUCGAUCCGAUCUUUUUGGAUUCCUCGCAAAUGAAGAUCGAAUUUGAUCGUUGUGAUGGCAGCAGUCCUUACUCCUAUUUGGAAGCGGAAUUUUCUUUUACUGACCAAUUACAAGAUUCGUUCGUCCGGUCAAGCGCUGGUGCGUUCGCCCUGUCCGAUACCUACCCCAGCAUCACCAUACAGAGUGUCAACCUAUCUUCCUUGACUGACGUGGCAGCCACACUGCACUGGUUCAUCACAGCCAGCUCUUACACCUGGAUCCAGGUCGACAUCUUGGACAUGAAUCCAGGAGAGGGUGGAGAAGUCUGCAUCUUUGAUACCUUCGAUACCUAUGGAGAGUGGGUGUGCAUGAGGGAUUCCGUGUCGUCGACCACCUGGUACUCGUACGAUGACGAGAUCAAGAUGUCGUUUUACGUCAACGGAAAUAGUCAGCUUGGUGCUGGCCUGACGGUGAAGCUGUCUAUUGUUGAUCAUUCAACAUGGAAUGGACAGUUUUUGACAUUAGCAGCAUGCAACCCCAAUGUAAUUGUUCAGGAGGUUGAGACCAUAAGCUUUGUGACACCAUACUUCAACCAAUCCUUGGAAAAUGUGAGAUAUCAAUGCAGGAUGUCUUUCACAAACGGGGACCCGUUGCAACCAACCAGCCUCGAGUACAAUCAUUUUGAUGUUCCAGGCGAGGUUUCAGUUUUUACGGUAGAGUCCGGUCAGUUUGUAAACCUUGCAGAUGCAACGGAUAUUAAAGUGGACAUCUCUCCUGAUUCACCAAUCGUCUCCAUAUCACCAACUCACGAACUCGAAGUUGAUGUGACUACAGGAAAGUACAAUGGCACUGGAAUCGGAAUGAUGGUGCAACCAUAUACAGGUGACACAGCGAAUAGAGGGCCAGAGCCCAUGUCAUCCUUUGGCGUCGCCAUCGAGCUCGACGACAACUCCUACUUACAGGAGUUCACCACCCUUGGUUACCCAACUCUUCCCGAAGGCGAUAUCAACAUCAGGUGGUUGUUCGACAAACCCAUCACGGAUACGGCCAUCAAGGUUGAGUUCAUUGACUUUGAUAUCGGUGCAGCUACACUGUUCGGUCACAUUGCAGAGACUGCCCCUCCCCCAUGGGAGUUCACGGGAUCGACCCUGCCGGAUGAUAUCCGCACGGAGACACAGAGGCUUACACUACUGCUACGAUCAGACAUUGUAUGCUGCAAACGAGGGAUUCACUUCAACGUGACACUAAUAACACUGAACAAUGAAUGUUUGAAUUCACCAUGUAAUAACGGAGGAACUUGCUAUGAUGAUUUGGAAUCCUUCCGAUGCAUCUGUCCUACCGGUUACAUUGGAGAUCUUUGCCAAAAUCUAAUUACAACGGCUGGGUCAAGCCCUCAAACAUCACCACAGAGUUCAACUACAGUACAUGUCAGCAGAGAGCACGGCUACCUAUGUUUACCCACCUCCCUUCCUCCCGAUCGGCCUCCUGAGUACGAGACAAUCCCACCUUUGAAGGAAGGAGGGGCACAUGGGGGCGACUACCUAGAACUGGACAGUUCCGCCAUUGGUGGUGUUGAUUAUGAGAAGCUCCGUGAAGAUAAAGCUCAUUCACCAGGGAACCGAAAUCCACCUGAGUACGCCUCUAUCAUACCCGUGGGCCCUGCUCAGAAUCGCGAUUCUCAGUAUUCCCAGGACUAUAUUGAGCCUAUCAGCAGUAUACCGAUGAGUGGCACCACAUAUCUACCGUCUGGUGUUAAUCCGGAGCAAACCACAACGUUCCACAGGUGA